AUGACUGCAAUCCUGGACAUUUUGGCGCCGGCACAGCUUGCAGACAUUUAUAGGUCAUUAGAGCCGUGGGCCAAUUUGAAGGCCGCUGUUAAGCAGCGGGUGCGGCUAGUGACUCCUGAGGAGCUGAAACAGCACAAGUCCACUGCUAAGCCGGCUUCCAGCUCUACUCAGAAGCAAGAGCAUGACCCGUGGCUGGAGAGUGAUCCUUGGCAAGAAGGACGUUUCACAGCUGCCGCUCAUCCGACUACUCAUGCCGCUCAGGCUCAGGCCACCAUCUCGCUAUUGCCGGAGUAUUUCUGCAAUGAAGAUGGCACACAUCCAGAGAUCAUUCAACAAGUUGGUAACGGUAGUGCAGGAGUGUGGCUUGCGACCCUGGAGGAAGUCGAAACACUCACGGUGUUCGGCGCAGCUGUGUCAGCCGAUGAGUGUGCGGCAGUAGUCCUUGGCACCACACAGCCUAACGUGGGAUCCUUCUCUUGUGAAGCCAUCACUUUGGUUGCUCAGCAUUCAGAAGCCGGCCGCGUUUUGCUGAAGGGUUUCCUAGUGAACUUAGGGGAUAAGACUAUGUCUGUCCAGCCGGACGAUGACAUCAUUAAUGUUUCCCCCAAAGAUACCCAAGUAAUUACGCUUGAAGUUGCUGCGCAGUACUGUCGCGAAUGGCCUCAAAUUCGUGGCAAUCCACUUCGUUUUGCACACAAGACCAUUGAAGGAUUGCAGUCUGCAGUAACCAGCACCUGGUCAAGGAAGUUCUUUCAAGAUAAG